AUUAGCAUAGGCAGUUGAUCAAUAUAUAUAAUUUUCAUUUCAUGAAAAUGUUGUUGCUUGGCACUAAGAAAAUGUUCCUCCAAAUUCUUUGGUGUUUUUCACUGAUUAGUCUUAGUUCCCAAACGAGGAGUCAUUACAACUUUGUUGUGAGAGAAGCCCGGUACACAAGACUGUGUUCCACAAAGAGCAUUUUGACGGUGAAUGGAAGAUUUCCAGGGCCAGCUAUAAAAGUCUACAAGGGUGACACAAUCUAUGUUAAUGUUCACAACAGGGGAAAAAAUAACAUCACUAUACACUGGCAUGGAGUGAAACAACCAAGAAAUCCAUGGACAGAUGGUCCUGAAUACAUAACUCAAUGCCCCAUUCAACCAGGAAGGAGUUUCAGACAAAAGAUAGUAUUUUCAACAGAAGAAGGGACCUUAUGGUGGCAUGCUCAUAGUGAUUGGUCAAGAGCCACCGUCCAUGGCCCAAUCUAUAUCUAUCCAAAGAAGAAUAGUAGUGGCUAUCCUUUUCCCAAACCUCACUAUGAGGUCCCCAUCAUACUUGGAGAGUGGUGGAAGAGUGAUCUCAACAAGGUCUUCACACAAUUUAUUAAAAGUGGAGGAGCGCCAAACAAUUCUGAUGCUGUCACCAUUAAUGGCCAACCUGGAGAUCUCUAUAAUUGCUCAAAAUCUGGGACAUUCAAGUUAAAUGUAGAGCAUGGCAAGACCUACCAUCUGCGCAUAAUUAAUGCGGCAAUGAAUCUGAUCCUGUUUUUCUCAGUCUCCAAACACAACCUAACACUGUUUGCUCAUGAUGCAAUGUACACAAAGGAAUUAACAACUUCUUACAUUUGCAUAGCUCCUGGUCAAACAAUGGAUGUAUUAUUGCAUGCAAACCAAAACCCUAACAACAAAUAUUACAUGGCUGCAAGGGCUUAUUCAACUGGGGUUGGAGUUCCAUUUGAUAACUCCACAACCACAGCUAUAAUCCAAUACAAUAAUAAUAAUAAUAAUAAUGAAAAUUCAACUCCUUCCUUUCCUUUUCUUCCAAGCCCUAAUGACACAAAAUCAGCUUUUGCUUUCAUUAGAAGAAUUAGGGGCUACCCUGAAGAAAACCCUUUUACAUGCCCUUUAAAUAUCAAAACUCACAUACUUACCACAAUUUCUGUGAACACUUUUCCAUGCCCUAGAGGCCGAUCACCAUCCUCAUGCCAAGCACCGAAUUCGACGAUUUUCGCCGCCAGCAUGAACAACAUAAGCUUUGUAACCCCACGCACUGAUAUCCUGGAAGCCUACUACUACCACAUCAAUGGAGUUUAUAGAAAGGGUUUUCCGAGUUUCCCGCCAUAUGUGUUCAACUUUACUGGGGAUUACUUGCCUCUUGAACUCAACAUACCAAAGAGAGGGACAAAGGUUAAGGUUUUGAAGUACGGUUCAACGGUGGAGCUUGUUUUCCAAGGGACCAACUUGGUUGCUGGCAUAGACCAUCCAAUGCAUAUACAUGGAUUCAGUUUUCAUGUUAUUGGUUAUGGUUUUGGGAAUUUCAACAAGAGCGUGGACCCCAAGAAUUAUAAUCUUGUUGAUCCUCCUCUUCAGAAUACUGUCAUUGUGCCCAUUAAAGGCUGGGCUGCCAUUAGGUUUAGGGCUACCAACCCUGGAGUGUGGUUAAUGCAUUGCCACCUUGACCGGCACCUCUCUUGGGGCAUGGAGACAGUGUUUAUUGUGAAGAAUGGCAAAGCCUCAAAUGAAACAUUACCUCCUCCACCACCAGACAUGCCUCCAUGUUAAAGAGGAGCGUGAAAGAAAAGAAGACUAAAUGCUCAAAUUUCUUCAGUCCUUACACAUUACUAGUACUAGCUA